AAGUCGGAAGAAAACGAGAAAUGAUUGGAAGGAGUUUCACAUGUGACGGUCUCGGCUCUAUAAAACAAUCAGUACAGAACCAGACCUUCAAACCGAAAAUACCUUCCACCUUGCAGAGAGGGGUACAAGAAGGUAUUUGUAGAUUUGGAUGUUCUUUAAGUUGACGCAGUCAAAGACCAAAGGACAAAGGGGUGUGACUAUGCUGACAAAGUAAAUGUAUCAAGAAUGAAGAAAGAUCCUGGGUGACCAUUGGCAAGACGUGGUUGAGGUGACACAAGUUAAUGGAAAAUAACGGUCAUAAAUUUAUGACUGGGAAGGUCAGCUGGCUAAAUAUUUUUGGAAUUUGUCCCUGACUCUCCAAAGCCUCGGUUUCCAAAGCACUUGGACGAAAAUUGAAAACAGAAUGAACCCAAUAAUUACCAUUUGCCUCGGUGCCUUGUUAAGCAUCCUGAAGAUCGAUGGAUUUAAAAUGUGCCCCCACCGUUGCUCCUGCUACGAUUUCUCCCACUUUGUGGACUGUAAAAGGCGGUCGCUGACUGCUAUCCCGAGGGAUAACCCUCAUGGCAUUUGGAUGCUGGAUAUCAGAUACAACAACCUGACGGAACUCCUCGACGGUGCCUUCCGCGGCCAGUGGUCCACGCGGAUUGUCCUGCUGGCUGGCAAUGGAAUCCAACACAUCCAGUCAGGAGCAUUUGAGUCCUUGAAUUUUCUGGAAAUCUUGGAUCUGGAUCAAAAUCGGAUAAAGUAUCUACCGGGCUAUUUUUCUGACAGUCUGGAGCACUUGAUAGAGCUGAGGUUGUCCAAUAACCUAAUUGAAUACAUGCACGGGAACAGCAUGCGGAAUCUAGAAAACCUGCAGAAGUUGGACCUGAGUGGCAACUGGAUCACGGCGAUGGAAACGGGGGUUUUCCGAGGUCUGUCCAAACUGCGAACCCUGUUGCUGAAUAACAACAGGUUGGUUGUCAUUGAGGAUGGUUACUUCCUCAUCCUCCAGAGCCUGGAAGCUCUCCACUUGGAGAAUAAUACCAUUUCGGCCAUUCAGGGAGAAGCCUUUAGUUCUCUGCGGAGCUUGAACCUCCUGUGUUUGAACGGGAACCGCUUGAGUCACAUCAAGUUCAAAACGUUUCUGAACAUCCAGACCCAGGGCACUCACCUGCAGCUCGCUGACAAUCGCUGGGCGUGCGACUGUGAUCUUCAGAGAGUCUUCGUGAAGUUCUUUAGCGUCCGCCACCUACACGUGGACGAUUACAGCAACAUCACUUGCUCGGAGCCCGGACAUCUCCAGGGUCAGUCGCUGUUGGCCGUGGAUUCCCAGCUGUGUGUGGCCGAGACCGCCACCGUGCUGGUGAUCACAGGCACCGUGCUAGUCACCGUGAUCGCCGCCAUCGUCAUGGCCGAGAGGAACCGAAAUAAAACCAGGAACAAGAGCUGGAACGACAACGAUGGGCCCUCCGACCCACAGGAGAAGUGAUGCUUGCCCGAGGUACCUGAUACACGCCGCCGGCCAAGUCGUUGCACCGGCUGCCACAGAGCAUCCCAUCACCAACACACAAUCUCCCCCCAAAAUGCUCUUGACAAAUUGUAAUCACCACCUUCUCAGAAACGAACAUAACCAUUUUGUUUUUUAAUGGGAAUCCCUUUUAUCCCAGGGUCUGUCAGGGCCAAGUCAAACUGUGAAUCGUUUAUUAUUGAGACCCGGGGAAUUGCAGAUGCCGGAGAUCGUUUGCAAAACACAAUGUGCUGGAGGAACUCAGCGGGUCAGGCGGCGUCUGUGGAUUUCAGCGUGACUAUGUUUCUGAUUGGGACUAAUUGCAACAGGGGGAGAAAGCUGGGAAAGGGAUGAGGGCGGGACAAAGCCCGGUAAGUGAUAGGUUUUGCUUUUUGAUCAAGAAUGAACACUUUCCAGGGACAUUCACAAACUCCCGCCUCCUCAUCUGCCAGAGUUACUCCAGCAUUUUGUGUCUAUCUUCUAUUUUCUAUGCAUGAUCUAUGAUAUAUAUAUCGAUCUAUAGAUAUGUCCAUAGAUAGACACAAAAAUCUGGAGUUACCCAGCGGGACAGGCACCAUCCCUGGAGAGAAGGAAUGGGUGAUAUUUCGGGUCAAGACCCUUCUUCAGACCUGGUAGCCUGUCCCGCGGAGUUACUCCAGCUUUUUGUGCCUAUUUUCGGUUUGAACCAGCAUCGACAGUUCCUCCCGACACACACUAGAUAUAUCGAUUAUGGAUCAUGAAAAUCAGAGGGAUUUGGAAGUAGUCCCACCUGCUGUCGGACCAGAGGCUCUGGUCGAAGGAGUUCUUCAUCUUCGGUGGUGCGGGGUCUCGGGGAACUGGAGACACAAAGCAGUGACGUGGGAUAUAUAUGUAACACAAAGGUAUCAGGCAACUGCUAUAUUGAUUAGUGCCUACUUAGUCAAGGGGGAAGUCAUUGCUCUUGAAUUUCAAAGUUAUCUUUGAAUAACAUUCGCUAUGAAGGGGAUAUUAUGCUCUUUUUGCAUCUCAAGGUAUAAAGACACAUGGAGGAUUCUGAAGAAGAGUCUCGACCCUCCAGUAUUUUGUGUCUUUCUUCAAUAUUUACUAUUAACUAUUUCCUUAAGUUUGACCCUCAACAGGAGUGUUUUUUCCCAAUAAUAUAGAUUGACAAAUUGUUCCUUGUACUUUGCAAAUUAUGACUACCGUUUGCAAUGCAUGCAAAAGCAUUUGGGAGAUUUGAACUCAAUGCAACUAUUUUCCGCUCACGUUUAAACUUGCAGAAUGUAUCAUUUUUAAUUGAUGGAAAACUUCGGUCAACAAUCUUGAUUUUAUAUUUCAUAUUUAAAGUAAAUAAAUGUUCUUCUUUCGUAUGGCGUGCACAGCAUAAAGUUGUAGGUCAACUUGUUCUAUUUGAUCUUGUUUGUGCAAGUCGGGUUGAUUGCAUUAGUCGAAACAGGGUGGACCACGUGAAGGUUGCAAUCUCCCACCACAGUAAAUAAAUUACCUUAAUAAAUUACCUUUAAAAACUCAAAAAUAAUUAUUGACAAAUAGAUCCUGGUUCUACUGCAUAUAUUUUGUCAGGAAAUGCUACACAAAUCUAGUUAAUCGGCAAGACUAUGUUCAUGAUAUCAUCACUUAUUAAUUGACAAUAGAGAUAGGUGCAGGAAUAGGCCAUUGGCCCUUCAAGCCAGCAUCGCCAUUCAAUGUGAUCAUGGCUGAUCAUCCACAA